UUUAAAUAAAGUUAUUUAAAUUGAAACAAAAUGGCAGCGCCCUGUGUGUCUCUCAUGCAGCUGUGCUGAAGCUGUAAAGAAGACGAGGAGAAAUGCGUUACCUGCUUUAAAUACAGGUAACGGCGGCUGUGUUUGUUUUUAACACUUCUGCAGAAGCGAAAAGUUUUUUAUUAGAGCCGAAGAAGAUCCGAAAUUUAACGACAUUUCCAUUGUCGGUUGUUUUAUGCUCCAAACAGUCAUGGCGGCUCCCGGAAAGCCGACUAAAAAGGAAAUCAAAAAGCAGACUCCAGCCAAGACCUCCUUCACUUCACCCUUUGCCUCAAAAUGGAGCCCGCUCCCCCAAGAGGACAUGCACUUCAUCCUGAAAACUCUGAAGGAUAAGUUGAUCUCAAUGGGUCUGGAGAAAAAAGAAGUGAAAGUGUUUCGCCCAUGGAGGAAAAAGAAAAGCAAAAAACCUGAUGUCGCACCACAACCUGUUCCCCAGGUGAGCGAUUCCUCCAAAAACGGCUGGACAGAUGUGGCAGCCAGACGGCAGCUGGCCAUCGGCAUCAACGAGGUGACCAAGGCUCUGGAGAGAAACGAACUCAGACUGCUGCUCGUGUGCAAGUCUGUCAAACCGAAACACAUGACUAAUCACCUGAUUGCGCUGAGCACCACCAGAGGAGUGCCGGCCUGCCAGGUGCCUCGCCUGAGCCAGAGUGUGUCGGAGCCGCUGGGGCUGAAAAGCGUGCUCGCCCUGGGGUUCAGAUGGUGCUCCUCCAGUGACGGUGGGGUGUUUACCGACACUGUCGAUGCCAUUAAGCUCAGAGUGCCUACAUUGGACAUGGCAUGGCUGCAAGGUGCUAAGCCUGAAGAACCUGUUGCCAUGGAGGAGGAGGAAGGUGGUGAAAGAAGGGGACAAAAAAGGAAACUGGAAAGUGAAUCUGAGGAGGUGUCAGAGUCUCCCUCCUGCACUCUGCAGCCUCUCCAGGUGAAGAGAAUCGUUGCUAACCCUGCAAAGAAAAAGAAAGGGAAGCCGAAGAAAAAGCUGUAAAGUGAAAGAGAAACUUUAAAGACUGUUUAGCUCAGGAGUUUCCAGUGUUGUUUAUUUUUUGGUUUUUGAACAGUGCUUGCAGCCUCAGUCUGGACAUUACUUAUGUGAAUAGUUUAUAUAAAGAAUUUCUGGAAGCGUAAAGAGAAAAAAAGGUUUUUGGGAACAAGGUUUAGACUUUUCUGCCAAGUAUUUUUUAUCUGGGGAACCCUCAGACCUUCAGGUUUGCAUUCAUUGUUUCAGCAGAUUAGUAGCAUUGCAUUUGGUUUCAUGCAUAUUUAUACAAUUGAAUAUGGUCUGACUGAAGUUUGAAUUUCAAUUUGUCCACAAUUAAAGCUGGUCUGCACACAUUGUUUUUAUAAAGGCAAUUAAGUUGUUCCUGGUAUUUUGAUAGUGCUGUUUGUUUUAAAUGGAGCUUGUAAUAUUUGACCCUCAAAUGAAAUAUAUUUCCUCUAUAUCAUAGAGAGGGCUGCCUUUACACCACCACCAUCUUGGAGCUGUUCUGCUGGAUUACUCGGGUACUAAGUAGAAAGUAGUAGUACAUUCAUGUUGAAAUGUAAGCAGAAGUUUUAGCCCUCAUAGGCAAAAAUGAGCCAACUUAACUUCCACACAAGGUGCACCUUAUCUGAUAGAAUAGGAAGCAUCAAUUACAUAGUAGCUAUUCCCAUAAUUAAGACAUCAACUAUGAGUGUUCACAAAAUGUCCUUACCCAUUUUUCAUGCGUGCCAUGUUGUCUGCACACCCGACAGUUCAAUAAACCCUGUGUUGAUUACAGAUUGUGGUUAUGUCCUGAAACAAAUGGCAGUUGCAUUAGAUAACUACAGAGCACUUUAUGAGCCAACCUGCUUCUUUAAUGAGAAUUAUGGCUCAUUAAAGAAGCAGAAGCUCAUCAGUGUUCACUGACAGUAUUCUCAUUAAAGGUAUUGCAUGACUCAGUGUCUUUCGAACUUCUAUGUCCUGUGGAUGUCAAAUGAUAUAAAUGGUCUAAUCAUACAACGUAUGUUGGCGGCGACGUGGAUGUGCCCGCCCACUGCUAAAGAGACACGACAUACAAAAGCAACAUGGACACAUGGGAGACGAGAAACAGAACCAUGAAUACUAUUAAAUCAAAGGACACAAAUUAAACCAGAUUCACACAGUCCAAAAGAUAAACCCUGGAUCACUUGACCAAGGGCCAUGACACUAUCACACAAAAUUUAAAACUCUUCUUUUAAGUAAAUAAACGAAGCAGUAGGGAAAUUUAAUAUUUGUUUUUUUUUAUUUUUUAUUUGCAGCUAAAUACACUUUUUGUUGUUUUUUUUAAUAUUUGCAGCUUUUUGUGCUCCCUAUCAAGUGAACCCCUCACCUGAAAUAAUUGAAAUAAAAUGACAUUUUAAAUGAUAAACCCCAACAAUCAAAUGAUCCCCUAUGAACAAGCACUGGGCAACGGUGGCCAGGAAAAACUCCCUUUCACAGGAAGAAACCUGAGGCAGAACCAGGUUCAGGAAGGGGCAGUCAUCUGCCGCGACUGGUUGGGGGGUGAGGGGCAAAAUAAAACUUAAAGGAGAGCACGGCAUAGUUAUCGGAGGUUGGUGUAGUUGGUGGACCGUGGUUGGAAAGCAGGGGAGGUGGACGCACCUGAGCGCCAAUCUGCAAUCAUGCCUUGCUGGUUUAAAGGCUGAACUAGGUCCUGCUGUGUUGUUGUUGCUUCUGUGUGUGGCUGUGAGCUGCAAAGCUGCAGCCAUCUGUAGUGGUAAACCUGUAGUAAUAAAAGUAGAUGAUGAAAAACAUGAGUAUAUGGUCAGGUCUGUCGUGCGUCUUUCACAAGAUUAUAAACAGGGGUGCACAUAAGUGGUCCGCAGGUGCGCAUCAGUUAUAAACACAAUGCCACAGGGAGCAGCUGGGUCAUUCACGUCAGGUGGACAUCUUUGAGAAGACCCAGAAAGCUGCAGGAACAAUAAGGGCCGCUGUGGCAAGACCUAAACCUACUUUAAGUAGGCAUUUGGCACCACGAUGCCACAUACCAGUACCCUGAACCUCAUCCUGAGGUGGUUGAGCAACAGGAGUCUCAAGUCCCUCAGGUUCAGCAGCAUUUUUGGUUUUUGAAAACUGUAAUUCUUCCAUUUGACACUGAAUAGUUUUUAAAGCUUUCUCGAGAUCUGCAUUCCGUUUCUUUAGUUCAUUUCUCUCGCUUUCAGCCUUGGACAGCUGAACAACAAUGGUGUUGUUCUGUUCAAGGAGAGACUCUUGCGUUUCCUCAAGUUCAUGCACAUUUUGCUCAAGUGCUCCAAUCUGCAGUGUUAUGUUUAUGGGCACCCCCUCUAUCUCGCUUAUGCGAAUUUUCUUUUUGGGCUCCAUGCCCUGGACUAUUCCUCUCUCCCCUGAGUUGGACGGUCCUUCCUCUCUCGUUUCUCUGUGAGACACUGAAUUGCUGGACGGUUCCUGUGACAUUUCUAUAAAAGUUUCGCAAAAAAACAAAACAAAACCGCUAACUGAAUAAUUUCAGUGUUAAACUUUUCUCUUUCCCAAGGAUUCCUGGCUUGCGAAAACAACUAG